UCGCUAUUCUCAGUGCGCCGUGCGCGCUCCGAGGGAAAAGACGUGUGUGUUCGUUCUUCCCUUACGGAAAAGCAUUACUUUUUUCGCUUUCGAAAAACUCAUUGACCUUUCACACGUGACGUAAUUCGAAGCUCGGUGUUCUCGCGAUCAUACAUUUUGUUCGUCUUUUUCUCUCAUCGAUUUAUUUUAUUUUUAUCUAAACAUAAACGGAAUAAACACAUUGAGAAAUAUAGAUAGACAGUUAGUUAUUUUUUACUUUUAUGACAGAUAACAUUUUUUUUUUUCCCUUAUUUUCUAUUCUCUCGUAUUUGAUUCGUCGAAAUAUUUGGUAAAAGGCAAAGAAAAUAAAUAUCGAUGGCUCUUUUGUGAACGUGAGAAGAGUAUAUUUUUUGGUGAUGUUUCUCUCUUUCGAAAAGCCGAGAGAAUGAGAGACUCGAACAGCUGAAUUCUUCGUUUCUAUACUUUGCACACCGAACACCAGGCAGGCAUCGUGAACGAAAAAAAGGGUUGCUGUUGCUACGAGGGAGGGAGGAAGGAAGGAAGGAAGGAAGAUGUGUUGGUCCUUUUAAAAAGCAAGAUUUUGUAAUACAAACGUAUCAAGAAUCGAACGAAGAACGAGGAAAAGAAGCUCGAGGGCAAAUAAUCCCUUUGACGCGAAUGAUAUCUUUGGCUAGUGGCAACAGAAGUCCGUUGAUUCGAACGUAAUUUCGUCUUGGUUCGAAUACGUUGACAAGAUUCGACGACAGAGAAACGAGAAAGUAUAUAUAUAUAGGUAUAUAUAUAUAUAAUACCUAAGGUCUCGCCUUUAAUAAGCGAAUCCCACGAGAAAUUAACGGGCACCUAUGAAUCAGGAACGUGGGAUCACCGAGUAAUAGUGGUCGUUGUAGCUCCUGAUCCCAAGGAACGAGAUUACCUUCUACGAGGAUACGUUCUCCUUGACCAACGACGACGACGACGAGAACGACGACGACGAUGACGAUAGAUGAAAUCGAACACGGAUAUCUAAUAUAACGAUUGUCAAAUCCAAAAAUUCGAUAAGGAAGAACAUUUGAAUUUCUUGGAGAAAACAUGUCACGUUUUUUAAGAAUUCGCGUUAAAAUGCGCCACAAAUGACGUAGAGAUCGUCAAUUUUGUGGUGGUCAUUGUUACUAUUACUACUAUUACUACUACUACCACAACCACUAAUAUUCUCUCUCUCUCUCUCUUCCUCCGUUCCCGAUGAGCAAGAAGAUCGAAGGUAAAAUCCGUGGACGAGAGAAACGAUGGAUCGAGGAGGCUGGUGGAGGGGGGAGGGAAUACAUAGGUACCGCGACUAGAGCUCGUAGAAAUUCGAGCACGGAGAGCAACGUAAAACCACGUCAUGGCGCUCUGACGUUUCCGUGACAGGACUCGGAAAUGGCGAUGCUCUGAGGAUAGCACGUUGAGAGAGAGAGAGAGAGAGAGAGAGAAUAUAUAUAUAUAUAUAUAUACGCGUGCUCAACUAUGUGUGAUCGCCAUCGCACCGGAAACGUUGUUGCUGCCGCUGCUGCUGCUGCUGUUGCUGCUGUUCCUACUCGUGAGUAGCUCUGAUCCUCGGGAUAGCAGUAAACGUCCGGGUCUGUUCGGACCGAUUAUCGUACCUGCAGACAAUUAUACGAGAGUCCUCAAGUGAUUACAGGACGAGCGAGUGUGUUUUCGGAGAGUGUGAUAGGACUUAUGAGAAUAUAGGUAACAAGAAAGAACAGCAGAGAACAGUGUGUUUCGAGGGAGAAAUAUAUUAUAUUUAUUUGAUGAAUAAAAUAUAAAUAAUGGAUUGACGGAGAACGCGAAGUUUUGUUGUUGAUUCGUCAAAGGAAAAUAAAAUUAAAGAAGGAUCGAAAGAAAUUUCGAUUUGUUGAAAGGUGUUUUCACAUCGGAUAAGCUAGCAGUAGUUAAUAUCCGUUAGCGAUGAUAUCUACCGAUCGAAGCUUUAAUAUUACUAGUUUGAAGUAUAGUAAAUACGUAGUAAGCACGAUAUGACUAAUCGGACAAUCAGCUUUACCGCUUGCCGAGUAGUAGUCGGUGGUUCGUGCACGAUCGUCGGAUCGUCGCGAUCUCAACGCGUUCCUCGUGUAUGCCUCCUGAAAUAGUAAUAAUAGCAGCAGCAGCAGCAGCAGCAACAACAACAACAACGGCAGCGACAGCAACAUCAGCAGAAGUAAUAGUGGUUACUUCUUCGUCCGGACAACGACAACUACACCGACGAGGUCGAAGAAGACAACGACGACGACGACGUCGACGAAGGUGGCGAAGAAAGAGAAGGAGAAAGUGGGCGGUUACGAGAAACCUUCUGAAAGGGAGCUUGUUCCUGUAGAUAGGAGAAGGAAAGAGAAGAAGAAUAAGAAGAAGAAGAGAAGCGAAACUCUGUUACAGCGCGUUGGAAGAAGAACGGAACAGCAUCGGUGGGAGACAACGCUCGUGAAAAGGGUUGAAGGAGGAGGACAAGGAGGAGGAGGAGGAGGAGGAAAGGGCGGAGUAUACGAGGGUGGCCACGAGGGAAAGGGACUUGAACGCAGAGAAGUUUCCGUCUGUCCGAAGUGGAUGGGGGUGAAAAUGUUCCGAGUGUUGCUGGCAUGUGUCUGGCUGGUUGCCGGCAGCCCGUUACAUCCCUGGCCGCUAAUACCCCAAAGAGCCAGUAUCACGAGAGACUCCUACAUUAGACACUACAGUCCAGCUUGGUACGACACAGCGGCACUGAGGGAACAUCGAGCAAGAAGUCGUCGAGAUACUUCAACUUCUAGUCGUCCGAAGGACUCUACGUUGAACCUACGUCUUCGUGCUCUUGACAGAGAGUUUAAGAUGAGACUCGUAAGAGACACCAGCCUCUUCCACGAAGAUACAAUUUUCGAAGGAUCGAACGACCGAAAUAUUGCCUUCGAUCCUUCCCACGUAUACAGCGGCACGUUGGAGGAUGACGAAAAUUCUUUGGUUCAUGGUAUGGUCACUUCCGAGGGUCUUUUCGAUGGGACCAUCUUCACAGCUUCCGAUGAGAUUUACAUCGAACCGGCUAACAGAUAUUCCUCUUCAUCCGUCAAUUGUCAUCGGCUUAAUUCCGGAAACGAUUAUCGAUGCGGAAACCAAUCCGAUGAUCUACGUCAUCAUCAUACCAUCGCUUAUCGUUCGAGAGAUAUUUCUGUCUUACCAACGCAAUCCUGUGCCAGCGAGGAACUUUUUCAUCGAACCGAUCGAAAUCCAUUGAGGAACAGCAACGAGACGGGAAGGAACGGAUAUCUUCUUGCUGGUGGCACAAUGCGCCCGUUUUAUCAACACGUAAAUGAAGGGACGAAUCGUGCAAAGCCAGGAUUCUAUCCAAUGGAUGCGAGGAAAAAGGACCCCAUGGCGAGCUCCCAUAAUCUCGAGCUUCUCGACAAAUUGUACAGAGAAAGAUAUUCAAGGAUCUUACGAAAAAGGACGUCGAUCGAUCCGAAAAAGACAACCUGUAUGCUGUACCUCCAAGCAGAUCACACGUUCUUCGAACAUUACAAAUCGGAAGAAGCAUGCAUCGAAGUUAUGACUCGUCACGUUCAACGUGUUAACUCCAUUUACAGACACACAGAUUUUAAUCAGGAUGGACAACCGGACAACAUCAGUUUUAUGAUUAAACGCGUGAAAGUUCACGGAGAGGAGGCGUUGCAGGAUCCAUCCUAUAGAUUUACAGGUGAUUACGGGGUCGAAGAAUUUCUCGAGCUAUUUUCCGAGGAAGAUUACGACGCCUUUUGUCUUUCCUAUAUGUUCACUUAUCGUGAUUUCGAAAAGGGUACGCUGGGUUUGGCUUGGACAGGUGAUCUCAAGAACGCAGGUGGUGUUUGCGAGAAAAACGGGCAUUACAGAGGUAGCAUGAAAUCUCUCAACACUGGCAUAAUCACCCUACUCAACUACGGGAAGCACGUACCACCGACGGUUUCUCACGUUACCCUUGCACACGAGAUCGGCCACAAUUUUGGAUCUCCUCAUGAUCCCGACGAGUGUUCGCCAGGCGGCGAGGAUGGGAAUUUCAUAAUGUUCGCAAGGGCUACGAGUGGCGACAAGCGGAACAACAAUCGAUUCAGUCCGUGCAGUCUCGUCUCUAUAAACCCAGUCCUAAAUGCCAAGGCUCGUUCUGCGAAAGGAUGUUUCGCUGAGCCUCAGUCGGCCAUUUGCGGAAACGGCGUAGUGGAAGAGGGUGAGGAGUGCGAUUGCGGAUGGGAGGAGGACUGCAAUGAUCCUUGUUGCCACCCUCAACGGCUCCAUCAUGUCCUUCAUGAGAUACCUUGUCGCCUUGCCGAUGGCGCAGUUUGCAGUCCCAGUCAGGGGCCGUGCUGCACGUCGGCUUGUACUUUACGCAGCGGGGACAAGUGCAGGGACGACAACGGAUGCAGGGACGCGAGCUUUUGCGACGGCCGAGGUCCCCAGUGUCCGCCAUCCAUCAACAAACCCAACAAGACCAUAUGCAACGAGGAGUUCGUCUGUUACAUGGGGGAAUGCACAGGCAGCAUUUGCCUGGCUUACGGUUUGGAAUCCUGUCAAUGUAUUGCAGGACCAGAGGAUCCACCAACCAAGAGCUGUGAACUCUGCUGUAAAUUACCGGGAGAGGAUCAACCAUGCUUAUCGUCCUUUGCUUGGAAUUCAGCCCCUUACGAUAUACCGGACAUGCUUUCAAAGCCUGGCACACCUUGCAACGACUACAAUGGUUACUGCGACGUUUUUCAAAGAUGCCGAGAGGUUGAUCCGAGUGGACCCUUGGCUACCUUGAGAAGACUCCUUCUAUCCGAUGCGAGUCUUGCUAACUUUCAACGAUGGAUCACUGAUCGUUGGUACAUAGUCGCCUUGAUGAUUCUCUUUCUGUUAUCCAUACUGUGCGUGGUGACGAGGCUAUUAAGUAAACGGCGAGUACCGCUUAUGAAAAUCCUUCCAAUAGGUCAAGAAAUUCGAGAGGAUGUAGCGAGAAAGGAUGAAUCUUUGUCGAAGGAGCAUGCAACGUCGAAUGAUGGUAGAAUACAAUCGAUGAACAUUUCGGACAUCAAAAAGCGUAUAGUCGAGGCUAUGAAAAGCAUCGUUUCGCCGCGUGGUAAGAGGAACGACGAGGAGUCCUUGCGGGCGAGUACCUGUAUCUCCAGGAUUCUACGUCUUCUAGAAAAAGACGGUACUCGAGCGGUCGAUCGUUCGGAAAAGCAGAGCUUGAACGAGAUCGAGGAGGUGGAAGGUAAGAGGAGAAGAAGUAGGUGUGAAAAGAGACGAGAGAAAAGGAGAAAAGAAAUGGAAAAGGAAGAAUUGGAGAAAAAAGAAAAUAAGAGAACGCUCCUUUCUCGUGUCGAGUGCCAGGAGGGCGAGAGGAAUCUCGGAAGAUGGCGAAGAAUCUCCUUUAUUCUAUCGGGAAGAACUAUUCCCACCAAUUUGACUUCGAUUGAAGAAAAAAUGACAACUAAUUCGUACGACAUCGAACGAGAAGUUUGUCAAAAUUCGAUGAAUUAUCAAAGCGAAUCAUUGGUAGUGCCGGACACGCCCGAUACGCCGAUCGAUAUGGUCGAAGGAAGAAUACAAACGUCAGAUUUGACAGUCCUCUUACCAGAAAGUUAGUCGUGGGAUAGGUUUCUUUUAUUCGACUUCUUUAUUACAUUAUUGAUGAACUACGAAGUCGGAUACAAUUGGGUGUCCCGAAGAAUUUGUAAAUGUUGUAUAUAAUCCUCAAAUCGAUAAGUAUAUAUUCGUGUCGAUCGUAGAAAAAUGCAUCUAGAAUUCGAUAUAAGAAUGACAAUGAUCGAAUAAUAUGGAUAUGAAAGAUUCGUAUUUUAAUCGAGUAUAGAAGCGGACCAAUCGUAGAGGAGGUCGUCCCGAAGUUUAGUAUCGGUGUAUGUAUGCGUGUAGAAGAAUGUAUAAGUAAUCUCGAUCAUUAUUGUAAAAAAAAUAAAUCCUAUGCUACUAAUUCAUUAUAAUCAUACUCUCUUAAUCAUUUUUAACCAUUCUAACUUAUUUUCAAUCUCUCUUCUUUUUUCCCGCUGAUUCCGAUCAUCGUUCGAUAUACAAUGGUAACGCCAUCUAUGCAUCCUUCGCUGUUUAAUCUCUCGAUCGAUUAUUCAUUAUUUCAAAAUCCAAUUUCAAUGAAAAUUAUUCGAAAUAUCAUGUUACGGCAAUACUACGUUAAUCAA